AUGGCGCAGGGCCGCCCCAAGGCCGCGGCCAAGCGCCCCAAAGCGGCGGCGGCGGCGGCGGCGCGGAGCUCUCGGGGCCCGCGGAAAGGAGGCCGCACCAUCGCCCCCAAGAAGCUCCGCGUGAUCCAGCAGCAGAAGCUGAAGAAGCGCCUGGAGGUCGGGAUCCGGAUGCGGAUCGAGCAGGAGACCGUGCAGAGGGCGCAGGGAGCGCUGCCCAAGAAGCUGGCGCUGGUCACGGCGCCCAAGGGCGGCAAGGACAAGGACAGAGCCAAGAAGGGCCGAGGAUGAAGCCCAAAAAC